AUGACAAGUGUCAAAGUGAGCAAUGUUUCUCUAGGAGCAACCGAGCGAGACCUCAAGGAGUUUUUUUCCUUUUCCGGCGAUAUUCUCUACCUUGAGACUCAGAGCGAGACAGAACGGUCUAAGCUGGCUUAUGUCACUUUCAAGGAUCUCCAAGGAGCUGAAACUGCUGUUCUUCUCUCGGGAGCAACCAUUGUUGAUUCUUCAGUCAUUGUCACUAUGGCCCCGGAUUACGAACUAUCUCCUGAGGCUUUAGCUUCCUUGGAACCCAAGGACAGCACCAAAUCUCCCAGGGCAGGUGACUCUGUGUUGAGAAAAGCCGAAGAUGUUGUGAGCAGCAUGCUUGCAAAGGGGUUCAUACUGGGGAAAGAUGCCAUAGCCAAAGCCAAGAGCGUAGACGAGAAGCACCAGCUAACAUCCACGGCAUCAGCCAAAGUCGCGUCCCUCGACAAGAAAAUCGGCUUCACGGAUAAGAUCAACACCGGAACGAUCGUGGUGGGAGAAAAAGUCAGGGAGGUUGAUCAGAAGUACCAAGUCUCGGAGAAAACCAAAUCAGCAAUCGCUGCAGCGGAGCAGACGGUGAGCAAUGCAAGCUCGGCUAUAAUGAAGAACAGGUAUGUUCUCACAGGUGCCACUUGGGUCACAGGAGCUUACAACAAAGUGGCUAAAGCUGCGGAAGAAGUUGGACAAAAGGCGAAAGAGAAAGUUGGUAUGGCUGAGGAAGAGGACAAGAGGAAAGUGGUUGAUGAGUUUGCUAGAGUUCACUUGUCUGAAUCACCAAAGGCUGCUGCGUCAACAAAGCAAGAAGAUGACCAUGAAUCGACGAAACCCUCUGAAUCUCCUGAAGCAAAGAAAGAAUCUGAACAUCAUGAGCCUCAGCCGCAGCCACAGCCGCAGCAGCAACAAUCUCCUCCACCUGUGGCUCCGCCUCAGCCUUGA